AGUCGAUUCGUUGUCUUGCUUGUGCUUAUUGUUUGUAUGCAGCGCGUUUCUAUAUUUUUUCCUUUUUAAUGACAUUAAAUGAUGAAAGAAAUUUUUUGUCAGAAGACAAAAUUGAAGAAGACGAAAAAGUGACACGAAAGUGGUGGUGUUGUGUUUUUUUUGCAAGAUCAUUAAUAUUUAUUUUUUAGCAUUAUUUGUGUAAUAUUUGCAAAUGUGGCAAGUGUACAGUGUGCAUUUAAUAAAAUAAAUCAGAAGUUGCAAAAUUUAUUUCCUAUUCAAACUUUAUGCGUUCGUUGCGGCUGAUGACGCCUUCGGGACCAGGUGCAAAUUAAUAAAUUCAAAGAUAAACGUUGUACGCGAUUUUGUUAUCUAAUUUAUGUUCAAACGUUGCCUUAACCAAUAAGCAAUCCUCAAGUGGUCGAUCGGAACUCGGGCCGCGAUUAUUAUUUUAAAGCGACUGCGCGUAGUUAGAAUUUCUUGUGACCUCAUCAUGUGCCACCAACGUCAACGGACAAUUUAAAAUUUGUUUCGUUUUCAGAUUUUUCGUCGUUCAAUGUUUAUUUUUCCGCAUUUCUUACUUUUCGGUUAAGUUUGCAGUACAAAAUUAUUCAUAAUCGGAACGGAACCAGAAUUCAAAUAAAAAACACUGCAAAACUCAUAGAAAUACAAACAGGCAGGCAAGCAGAUAGUAAGAAAGACAGACAGGCGUGAUAGCAAAGCUCACCUGGGGUAUAACAAGUAUGAAAAGUAACAACAACAACAAAAACAAAAACAACAUCGGCAAUAGCUACACAGCAAUCACAAAGUACGAAAAAGCCUUUAAAAAAAGUACAUAAAGAUACUUUUAUUUAUUUAAAAAUUAAAAUAACAACAAUAACAAACAAAAACAACAACAUAACAGAAAAUCUAUAAAAAACAGAAAAGUACUUAAGUACACAACAUAGCACAACGGAAGAAUCGACCAACCACAGCAACAAUUUAAAGCAGGCGAACUCCAAACAAACGCCAAACGUCAAAAUAAAAAUAUAAAAACAAAAACAACCACAAGGAAAUACAAACAAAAAAAAACAUUAUUAAAAACUAAAUGAACAAAGAAAAUGGGCACAACAAGAAAGCAAUAACCCCCCAACUUAAAACGACAACAACAACAACAAGUCAUAGUCACGACACUUUUUGACAAAUUUUCAAAAAAAUUUCCUUCUCCAAUUUAACUCUAAAUUCAAAACACUAAAAACAAAAACAAAUAAACUUUGAAAACAAAGAAAAAAAAAAAAGAAAAAAAGUAAGGCAGCAAUAGCAGCAGCAGCAGCGCCAAUAACAACAACUACAACAAAAAUACUACCAAAUAAGUGUAGUGUUGAUUUGAAACUGCCAAAAGUUAAAAGCACAAAAAUCGGUUUUUGGCUAUUCUUGCGUUAAAAAAAGUACAAAAACAAAUAAAAGAACAUAUAUAUAAACUCAAAAAAAAAAUAUAAAUAAAAAAUAGAAAAAAAAACAAAUUUUAAAAGGAAAGUCUUGAGUACAAUAUUUUCCUAGUAGUUCGUGUUGGCCAUUGAAGUCAUCACAGUCAUCGUUAGCGUCGUUGGUAGUUGUUGUUGUUGUUUUUGUCAACAUACAAACAAUUGGUUUUAUUUAUUCAAAUUUGUAAUUGAAAAUUUGAUUUUGUUUGUUAUAUGCUCUCUUGCCCGCCUUAUUGGUCAUGCAGCAGCUUUAGGGAGUAAGAGUAACAGAAAGCACAGAAGCACAAACAAAUGUGUUCGGUUCAAUAUUAUUGAUACGUAAAUUUGUGACAUGCUUAAUAUGCCAUUUCACCUUAAAUAAAUCCAACAGAUCACCACUACGCUCCCCUCCCAAUGCAGGCAAUGCAGUACUGUUCGAAUUAGGAUUUCUGCAAAUGUUUUUGUUUUGCUUAAAAUUAGUACCUUUUCGACUUUUUAAUGUUGCCUACAAACUCGCCCUCAGCGCUUAGUCAAAGCGGAGUGGUUUCAAUAAGACUUCGAUUUAGAAAAUGUUUAAUUAAAAUAAAUUAAUUAAAAAAAAAACAAACAAAUAAUUAAUUGUAUUAUAUUAUAUAAAUUUAAAAUUACGCAUCUCGAAAUCAUAAUUAAUAAUAAUAAUCAUUGUUUAUAAGAAAAUAAACUUAGUUUACUAAAAAAAAAAACGCCAUCAUGUCUGGAAUUUUGGAUGAAAAUCGAAGGUUAAGAGCGCAAAAACUUGAACAACAAAUGCGCGAUCCCUUCAGUAUUUGUAAUGUAGAUUGUUUGCUGGAUACUGUAACAGCCUUAGUUCAUGAUUGCGAUCAUGAGUCCCUUAAACGUCUUAAAAACAUAGAGCAAUAUGCAGCAAAAUAUAAACCGCUAGCAAAGCAAAUUUGCCAAAUGCGCAUGAAUGUUGAUGAUUUUGAUUUUAUCAAAGUUAUUGGAGCAGGUGCAUUUGGUAUGGUGCAACUCGUGCGACACAAAUCUUCCCGACAAGUAUAUGCCAUGAAACGACUUUCAAAAUUUGAAAUGAUGAAACGACCAGAUUCAGCAUUUUUUUGGGAAGAACGACACAUAAUGGCACAUGCCAAUUCUGAAUGGAUUGUACAAUUACAUUUCGCAUUCCAGGACUCCAAGUACUUAUAUAUGGUGAUGGAUUAUAUGCCAGGAGGUGAUAUUGUAUCUCUAAUGGAACAAUAUGAUAUACCAGAGAAAUGGUCGAUAUUUUACACAAUGGAAGUAGUACUUGCCUUAGAUACAAUACAUAAUAUGGGUUUUGUACAUCGUGAUGUAAAACCGGACAAUAUGUUACUUGAUCGUUUUGGGCAUUUAAAACUGGCUGAUUUUGGUACAUGUAUGCGUAUGGGACCAAAUGGUUUUGUUGUGUCCUGUAAUGCUGUAGGAACACCUGAUUAUAUUAGUCCAGAAGUAUUACAAUCCCAGAGCGGUGAUAAUGAGUAUGGUAGAGAGUGUGAUUGGUGGUCGGUGGGUAUAUUUCUCUAUGAAAUGCUUGUUGGUGAUACACCUUUUUAUGCUGACUCACUUGUUGGUACUUAUGGCAAAAUUAUGGAUCAUAAAAAUUCGCUCAGUUUUCCUGCAGAAUUUGAAAUAAGUGAAAGUGCAAAAUCUCUUAUACGUGCCUUUCUAACUGAUCGCACACAGCGUUUGGGUCGUGAGGGAAUUGAUGAAAUUAAAGCACAUCCAUUCUUUCUAAACGAUACAUGGACUUUUGAAAAUAUAAGAGAAAGUGUACCUCCAGUUGUUCCUGAACUUUCAUCUGACGAUGAUACUCGUAACUUCGAGGAUAUAGAGAGAGAUGAAACACCUGAGGAAGUGUUUCCAAUACCGAAAACUUUUGAUGGAAACCAUCUGCCAUUUAUUGGGUUCACAUAUACAGGUGAUUAUCAACUACUGUCAAAUGAUUCUGUGGACGGUGAAAAUAAAGGUCUUAUAAAUAAUAUAACAAAUCAUAAUCAUCGUCACCGAUCUUCUAACUCAAGUGAAAUUAAAAGACUUGAAUCACUUUUGGAACGUGAGCGGAAUCAUUCAGAAACUCUCGAAACACAAGACAAACAGUUGCGACAGCAAUUGGAAAUAUUAACAAAACGUGAGUCCGAGCUUCAAUGUAUAGCUUCAGAAUAUGAGAAGGAUCUAGCAAUGGGGCAACACAACUACAAAGUUGCUCUGCAAAAAGUUGAGCAAGAAAUAGAGCAGCGUAAAAAGACUGAAGCCCUUCUUGUAGAAACACAACGUAAUUUAGAUAAUGAGCAGAAAAUCAGAACACGUGAAAUGAACAAUAAUCAGCAUCACAAUGAAAAAAUUGUAAUGCUAGAGAAGCAACUUAAAGAGAUGGAAGAUAAUUUCAAGAAUGAGACAGAAAAUUCGCAAAAGCUAAAAAAGCACGCGGGUGAAUUGGGUUUAGUACAACAAGAACUGGAAGGUAAAAUCGCUCAACUUCAGGGCAUGUUGGCAUCUCUUCAAGCGCAAAAGGAACUAUUACAGCAGGAAAUUAUCGAGUUACAAACAUUAUUAGCGCAAGAGAAAAAUGCACGUUCGCAAUUAAAGGAAUUGCACAAGGAAGCUGAAAAUAAAUUGUCAACACUUUCAAAUGAUUUGGAUAGGGCAGUAACACGUGAACAACAAGCGCAUGAUGAUAAUCGAAUAUUGUCAGAGAAGAUCUCCGAUUUGGAAAAAGCGAACGCUAGUCUGGAUUUUGAAAUGAAAGCUGCACAAGGACGAUAUCAGCAAGAAGUUAAAGCACAUCAAGAAACAGAAAAAUCUCGAGUACUUAGCCGUGAGGAAGCAAAUUUGCAAGAGGUGAAAGCAUUGCAAACUAAGUUAAAUGAAGAAAAAUCUGCGCGUAUAAAAUCAGAUCAAAAUUCACAGGAAAAGGAGCGGCAGCUUAAUAUGCUCUCUGUGGAAUAUAGGCAAAUUCAGCAAAGGUUACAAAAACUCGAAGGUGAAUGCCGACAAGAGACUGAAAAAGUUUUUGCAUUGCAAUCACAAUUGGAUCAGGAACAUAGCAAGAAAAAUACAUUACUUUCUGAAUUGAGUUUACAGAGUUCUGAAGUGGCCCAUCUGAAAUCACGUGAGAACCAACUUCAAAAAGAAAUCGCUUCUUUACGUGAAACUAAGAAAAAAUAUGAGGAAGAUAUAGCACAAUUAAAAGCUUCAUAUAAUAAGGAAAUACUACAAAAACGCGAGUUGCAGGAUCAAUUAGAAGCAGAACAAUAUUUUUCACGUCUUUAUAAGACACAAGCAAAUGAACAUCGAGAAGAAAUUGAUGAACGUUGUCGGGAAAUUCAAGAUCUUAAAGAAGAACGAGUAUCAUUGAAACAUCAAGUGCAGGUAGCUGUUGCUCGUGCAGACUCUGAAGCACUGGCGCGUUCAAUUGCUGAAGAAACUGUAGCUGAUUUAGAGAAGGAAAGAACUAUUAAAGAGUUAGAACUAAAAGAUUUUAUUACAAAACAUCGUAAUGAAAUCACAGCCAAAGAAAAUGCAUUAACUGCAUCCAAGGAUAGUGAAGCAGAUACUGUGAGGAAAUUAAAUAUGAAGAAUUCAGAGUUUGAUGAACUGUCGCAACAAAGCAAGAAACAACAUGAGGAAUUAUCACAAUUGAUAAAUAGUAAAGAUGAAGAAAUGAAUAAAUUAAAAGAGAAAUUGAAGAGUGAAAUGUUAUUGAAACAAGUGGCUGUAAAUAAACUGGCAGAGGUAAUGAAUCGUCGCGACACUGAUUUACAAAAACAAAAAGGUAAAGCUCGUUCAAGUGCAGAACUGCGUAAAAAGGAGAAAGAAAUGCGUCGCAUGCAACAAGAAUUAUCUCAGGAGCGUGAAAAAUAUAAUCAAUUGUUACUUAAAUCUCAAGACUUACAAACACAGGUUCUGGAGGAUAGUCAAAUAAAACAAAAAUUACAAAUGGAAAUCGAUUGUAAAGCGGCUGAAAUUGAACAAUUGCAAUCUAAACUUAAUGAAACUGCCUCAUUGUCCUCAGCGGAUAACGAUCCUGAAGAUAACCAGAACUCAUCUCUGCUCUCACUCACGCAGGAUAAUGUGUUCGAAGGUUGGUUAAGUGUGCCUAACAAACGUAACAUACGUCGACAUGGCUGGAAGCGGCAGUUUGUAAUUGUAUCAUCUCGCAGUAUCAUUUUUUAUAAUUCAGAAAUUGAUAAACAGAAUACAAAUGAUCCUUUACUUAUAAUCGAUUUGAGCAAAGUAUUCCAUGUACGUUCGGUUACACAAGGUGAUGUUAUUCGCGCUGAUGCCAAAGAAAUACCACGAAUUUUUCAAUUGCUAUAUGCUGGUGAAGGAGAAGCACGUCGACCAGACGAGCAGAAUCAAUUAGAUAUUAGUAUAAUUCGAGGAACUGGCGCUGAUGAAAGACCAGAUACCAUUAUACAUAAGGGUCACGAAUUCGUACAUAUAAAUUAUCACAUGCCCACAGCUUGCGAGGUUUGUCCAAAACCACUUUGGCAUAUGUUUAAGCCGCCGGCGGCCUAUGAAUGUAAAAGGUGCCGUAAUAAAAUACAUAAGGAGCAUGUUGAUAAUAAUGAUCCCUUAGCCCCAUGUAAAUUGCAUCAUGAUCCUCAUAGUGCCAGAGAAAUGUUGCUUUUAGCUUCAACACCAGAGGAACAAAACGCUUGGGUGACUCGAUUGUCAAAGCGUAUCCAAAAAUCUGGAUAUAAAGCUAAUUCAUCAAAUAAUAAUAGUAGUGGUGAUGGUAGUAAAAUAUCACCAAGUCAAUCAACGCGUUCCGCUUAUAAGCCAUUUGCAGUCAAUGUACAAAGAUCAGCUACUCUGCCAGCAAAUUCAUCAUUGAAACAGUGAUUUUUUACUGUGUAGAAAAUUAAUUUUUUUAUUUCUAACUUAGGCUUUUAAAAAAUCCGUAUAAUGUAUUAAGUUUUUUUUUUAUCUAACAUUGGAUAAUAAUACUACUACAAAUGUAUUUAUAUAUACACUAUACU